GACACAGUUUUAGAGUUUCGAACAAACCACAUUUUUUCAUAUAGGUAUAAUUGGUUUGAGAGUGACGGAUGACUGCAACCUGAAACGUAAGUCCUCCACUUCAGUAUAUCAGUCGACGCGUUUUAAGCGCAACACUUUUAAUUUUGAGCAAUUAAAUUUUCUCUUUCGCUUGAUUUCACUCCCGUGAAAAUUAUAAACUAAAACACCAUGAGCGACAAACUCGACGUCAUAAUCUUCGGAGCCUCCGGCUUCUCCGGGGGUUACGUAGUGCACCAACUUUACAAAAUCUGCAAGAAAGACAACCAGGACGUUAAAUGGGGACUCGCAGGACGCUCGACGACGCGCCUCCAAGCCACCCUCAAGAACCUCGAACUCAAAACAGGUUCGUCUUUGCUCCACGACGUUCCCAUUUUCGAAGCCGACACCACCAACGAAGCGUCUUUGGAGGAGGUGGCGUCGAAAGCACGCCUCAUCAUCAACUGCACAGGGCCGUACAAGUUUCACGGAGAGCCCGUGGUGAAGGCCUGCAUCAGACAAAAGUGCCAUUAUGUGGACCUCAACGCAGAGCCCCAGUUUAUGGAACGAAUGCAGCUGGUUUACAACGAAGAAGCGGCGAAGAACGGGGUCUACGUGGUGACUUCUUGCGGAAUCGACAACAUUCCGGCUGACAUAGGGUUGGAGUUUUUGCGGAAGAGUUUUAAAGGGAGUCUGAAUUCGGUGGAGUGCUACGUUGAGUUGAUACCAGAAGGGAGUUUCGGGAAAGGGGCUGUCGCGAACUAUGGGACUUGGCAGUCGUUCUUGUACACGAUGGGGGACUAUGCGGAGUUGAGGAAAAUAAGAACGGAAUUGUUUAAGACGCCGCUGCCUAAGCUGAAACCAAAAUUGCCCUUGCGGAGAUGCCUGCACAAAAUUCCUUUUUCUAACACGUACGCAGGACCGUAUCCUGGAGGAGAAGCCACGGUGAUGCGACGCUCCCAACGAUAUUUUUACGAACAAGACCACGUCAGACCCAUCCAGAUCCAUACUUACGUCGGACCGCCAAAAUUUUGGCAGUACAUCCUCCUCUUCGUGGCUUUUAUACUCGGCGCUUCCCUAAUCAGACUAAUACCUUCCGUAGUCAAAAUUCUGCUCAAACACCCCAAACUGCUGACUUUGGGUUUUUUCGACAGUAAGAAGCAACCUGCGGAAGACGUUCUGGCGAAAAUUAAAUUCGCGGCGACUUUUCGAGGUCGUGGUUGGAAGGGAAAAAUCGUAGAUGAAAAGUUUAAAGAAGCUGAGGAUUCUUGGAUGGUGGCGAAAGUGAGCGGGACGGAUCCGUACGAGAUCACGGGGAUCUGUGCGGCGGCUGCUGCAAUCGUUUUGCUUGAUGAUGGUCAAAGUUUGCCGAAACGUGGGGGGGUGUACACCACCGCCGCCGCUUUUGCGAAUACUAAUUUAGUUGAGGUGUUGCAAAGACAUGGGUUGAAGUUUGAUAUUAUCGGUGAAGGGCGGUUGUAGGAUUUUUUUGGGUUAAAUCGUACCGGAAAUCACCGAUCUGCGCAGUUUGUUUACUCGAAUGUUUGGAAAUUUUAC